AUGGGACAGCAAGGAUCACAACUGUUAGAUGACAUUGAACGAGGCACGCAUUUCUCAUCAGAAGAAAUUCAGCGGCUGAAAAAGAGGUUUCUAAAACUAGACAGUGAUGGAUCAGGGUCCAUUGACCGCGAGGAAUUCCUUCAGAUACCUGCUAUUGCCAGCAACCCACUGGCCCAACGUCUUAUUGCUAUCUUUGAUGCAGAUGGCGGUGGAUCUGUGGAUUUUCAGGAAUUUGUAUAUGCUCUCAGUGUGUUUACGAGCCGGGGAAGUCAAGAAGAAAAAUUACAAUUUGUAUUUAAAGUGUACGAUAUGGACCGUGAUGGAUACAUUUCGAACGGCGAACUAUUCAUUGUGCUGAAAAUGAUGGUGGGUGGCAAUUUGAAGGACCAACAGCUUCAGCAGAUCGUAGACAAAACGAUCAUGGAGGCAGACAAGAACGGCGAUGGCAAAAUUGAUUUCUCCGAGUUCUUGGAUAUGGUCAAUAAUACAGACGUGGCAAAACAGCUCACGCUUGGUGACCUCUUCUAA